AUGUUUAAAUUAAGUAUUGAGCGUCUAACUGAAGAUGAACUUGAAUAUGAGAUUCAGAUUAGAGGGGUCUCGGAAUCAGGUACGGUUGAUGAAUUAAGAAAACGUGUUAGAUCCUUAAUUCUUUUAGAAAAAACUGCCAGUAGGGAACAUAGAUUUACUAUAGAGAAACCAGGGGAUGAACUGGCAGAAUGUGAUAGAAAAGUUAUCGAGCUAAGAGGCUUAAUUUCCUCUUACUCUGGAGCAGGAAAAUCUGAUCUCAAAAUCGAAACUAAAUUACCUCACUUAACUGCUAGAAUAGACAGAAUUCCAGACAGUUUAGAAACAAAGGAAACAUUUUUACGAGAAUUGCAUUUAGACCAAACUAAGUUGCGCCUUGAGGAGUUCAAACCUCCAAAGGAGGGUGGAUUAUGUCUGGAACCUAAGCUUGACUAUAGCACAAAACGCAAUUUUAGAAAAGAUACCUCAUUUUUGAAUGAAGCUGAGAUCAAUUAUCGUAAUAAUAUCCCAGGUACUAGUAGUAUCAAAAGCAAAAUGAACUACUGUAUCAAGAAUAGCAAAGUAUCUCCUACCGAAAUUGACGGCAUCAAAAGAAGUAUAAAAGAUCAUCAGAGGCAAGUUAACGCUCUAGAUGAAGGACCACAGAUAACAAAUGCGGAGGAGAUUCAAACUCACUCGCCAAGUGAGCACCCCGUUGCACAUGAAGAAGAAAACAUGCACGAGAAAUCCUUCCCUGCACAAUGCAGCCGCGAAUAUGAACAGGUCUUAAGAGAGUACGAGUUGCUUUUGAAGGAUAGCACGACUACGAAACAAAGACUCAAUAAGCUAAGGUUGGACCACAAAUUGAAGGCAGAGAUAACGAAAUACAAUGAAUUCCUAGAAGGAUUAUUGGAUAAACACCGUUUGAGCCUAUUUGAGUUGAAUACCCUUAUUUAUGUCAUAGCAAGAAAAAUAACUGAAACCAUCAUAAAAAGAUCAGCGACAACGAGCACUAAUAGAAAAUCAAACAACGGUAAGGAAUGGAAAGGCAGGCUAAAAGCUAAGAUCCAGAACUUAAAGAAGGUCCUGUCUCGGAUUUCGGAACUCAUGGAUUCUAAAAAGUCUGCAACUUGUCGGUGUGAACGACAAAAUCAUUGA